UUUGCCGGUUCGGGUGCAAAGUUUCAGCCGUCUGCAAAGUGGAGCUGGGCGGACGACGGACCGUGUGUUUGGCGAGCACCGUGAGCUUUGUCAAACGGCUGGUUUACUGUCGGAUUUUCGUUGUCUUCCAGCCGACUGCCCGUGCUGUUACCGGGUAACAGUCGUGUGCAAAGACUCGCGUAUUGUCUCAGGGACGUUAGCUUGUGGAGUUGAGUUUAGCUAGCUAGCUAGCUAAGUGCUAGCGGGUCUUUCCUGCUUAUAACGUCAACAUUUGAAUCAGCCCAAGAGAAACAUCAUGGCUUGUGAGCCCAAUCGCGCCCGACUGCUUUGCAUGCUUUCGUUGACUUUUUCCUUCUUCGUUGUGGAGGUGGUAGUCAGCCGGAUGACCUCAUCCCUCUCGAUGCUGUCCGACUCCUUUCAUAUGUUGUCGGACGUCAUGGCGCUGGUUGUGGCUUUGGUAGCGGUGAGAUUCGCCGAGAAGACCCAAGCCACCAAUAAAAACACCUUCGGCUGGAUCCGGGCUGAAGUAAUGGGGGCUUUGGUCAACGCCGUCUUCCUCACGGCUCUGUGCUUCACCAUCGUACUGGAGGCUGUGGAGCGCUUCACCAACGCCCACGAGAUAGAGAAACCGCAGGUGCUCGCCGGCGUGGGAUUUGCGGGGCUGCUGGUCAACCUGCUCGGACUUUGCUUGUUCCACGGACACGCCGGUGGGGGGCACGGACACUCGCACGGGAAGAAGAAAGGUAAAGGUGGGAAGUCUGACCGAGCUGGUAAUGGGACUUCAGGAGAGACCAACAAUUUGGUGGGCAACCACAGUAGUUCGGGAGAUGCCUCUCAAACAGCCGAUCUCAGCUGUAGAAGCAACACAGAGGUGCAGAUCAAUGGCGGCACCCUCUACGAGGAGCUGGACCACGACCACAACUCGUCCUCGCAGCUCAACAUGCGCGGCGUCUUCCUCCACGUUCUGGGCGACGCCCUGGGCUCUGUCAUCGUCGUGAUCAACGCCUUAAUUUUCAUCUUUGUGUGGCAGCCCUGCGAGAAGGACGACCUCCUGUGCGUCAACCCGUGCAUCCAAAGCCACGUCUCAAGCCACAACCAAACACAGGAGGAUGACAAAAUCCACAAGGUAGCGGGUCCCUGCUGGGUGCUCUACCUGGACCCCACGCUCUGCCUCAUCAUGGUGUGCAUCCUCCUGUACACCACGUACCCGCUGCUCAAGGAGUCAGCGCUCAUCCUGCUGCAGACUGUCCCCAAGCAGAUCAACAUCCACCGCCUCAACGAGCGCCUCCUCUGCCUGGACGGCGUCCUGGCCAUCCACGAGCUGCACGUCUGGCAGCUGGCGGGCAGCCGCAUCAUCGCCACGGCUCACAUCAAGUGCCACGACCCCACGUCCUACAUGGAGGUGGCCAAACGCAUCAAGGACUUCUUCCACAACGAGGGCAUCCACGCCACCACCAUCCAGCCCGAGUUCGUCACCUUCAGCUCGGAGUCCCAGGACUCCCUGUGCGAGCUCUCCUGCCGGACUCAGUGCGCCCCCAAGCUGUGCUGCGGCUCCGCCGACAAGCAGAACCCCACAUCCGAGAGUAAGGUCCCCGGCGACGUCAGGGUGACCAUCUCCUCGGCUCUGGAGCCUGCCGAGACCCCGGAGCUAUCCGCCGCGGUUCCUCUGGUGCAGCCGCAAGCCAGCGUGGCUCAAGAGGUAGAGUCAUCUCUGUGAGAUAACGCUGGAAUAACUCUUGUUUGCACAUUGUCAAUACUGGAAAAAUGGCGCCAGCAUAAGCACCAAACAAACAUCACCCCCCUCCUCCCACCAUGCUACUGCAGUCUUCAUGCAUUUUGCUGUCUUCUAUCCAUUGUCUGUGGUGGCAUGCUGUCCCAUGCUGAUGCUGUGCCAAAGCUUCUCACUUCAGGACCCGAUGGACCACGGCCUUGCAUCUCAUCACACGUCACACGCUUAUGUUAGCCUGUGGACCUUUUUAUGGCUUUUCUCACCUAACCCUGAAAAAUAUAUUGUAUAAUUUAAGUAUUUAAGUUAUUAGAGAUUUCUCUUUAGACGUUGCUUCUAUUUGCUCAAGCCCACCCAUCUAUGCUGGUUUUACCUGGCCUUGACCUGCCUCCUUUUUUUUUUUUAAAUCAUAAGCUGGAUAAACACCUUUUCUUAACUUAGCCUGCCCUGUGCCGUAUUGUAGGUUCAUUCACCAUCUCAUGCAUCGUAUCAAGCCCUCUGGCCAUGACCGACGAGUUAAAAAGAAACGUGAAUGUGAGCAGCACCACGCUGCAUCCCAACAUGGCAGAACCAAGCUUACAAACCACUAUGUCACUAUCAUAUACUCGCUGAGUGAACUAAGUCCUUUUAUAGUGGCCUUGAAACUCCCUCCAACUCUCCCCCAUCAUUAUCACCAUCAUGUUUGUCAUGCAACAAGGUGCAAUUCCCAAUUCCACUCCUGGUUGAAUAUGUAUGCAAUGUAAACGAUAUGUGCUGGGAAAUGUAUUUUUGAGGUGUUCCUUCAUUUUAUAAUGUCUCUUCUACUCUUGUUUGGGCACAUUUACUGUGUUAUGUAAGAAAACAACUUUUUUUUGUAUUUUAGAUAUGAAACGUCAGCUGAUGUUCUUUUUGGAUAUGUGUAUGCUGUCCAAUGUGUCUUUGUGAGAGAAAAAAUAUAUGGCUGUUUUGGUACAGUUGAUGCACCCAAAUGUUGUCUCUUGCUCUUC